AUGCUUCGGAUUUAUAAUAGCUGUUACUAUACUAGCAGGUGAACUUUUAAGUUUGACGCGAAUCAUCCAAAUUCGCCGUUUAGGUUUGACAAUUUUCGACCGCCAACACAACCACAUAAUCCAUGACUACGUGGCAAGAAACGAUGACAUCGUCGUGCUGUCGACGACGUACUUUGAAAACUCGAAAAGGUUUGUCUAUUUCGGCCAACUAGAGUUGUCACUUUCCGAAUAACCGAAAAGAACGUUCAGUUUUCCGCCCAGUACAGCGGUGAUAUUGUUCAAUUCGGUGCAAGUGUUCCAUCUAAAGUACUCGCAUCUGAAUGUGGUCGCGGAAACGAUGCAGGGAAAUGUGGAGGUGCAGUUCAAAAUUGAGCCGGUCAUCAACACGAUUCCGUUCUUCUGCAAAUGGGUUCCGUACAUCGCUGUCGGGCAGGUUCCCGAGGAUCACGUCUUGCUCAAGCUCUCCACAAACAAAAAGGACGGCAUGGAGCUCUCGCUGCGAACUCCGUUUCAAACUCCGCGCAAAGUCGUCGCCUGCUUCUCCCCGCUCUUUUUGAACGAACGUUGGCAACUUCUGCUGACCACUGUCGAGGCAAGCGCCUUCCGGAACCUUUUUUCUAUUCGGUUCUUUCAGAUCUACUCUCAUUACGGCGCCUUUAUGCACUUUUACGUGCGCUCCAUGAUCACCGACUUGUUCACGCUCAUCAAGGAGAACAAGAAUGUACAUAGCCUUUCAAUUCGGAUCCCCCAACAAAUCCAUGAUUCCAGACACGAAUCUCUCCGUGGCCGUCAAUCCGGAUCGGAGAAUCGCGUGCCGCGUCGCCCAUGUUCGACCCGAACACAGAGCUCGAGUUCCGAAAUCAGGCGUCCGCGAUGACCGACUGCCUCCUUCAGUACAAAGAGUCGGCAGAGUUCGUCGUGUUUCCCGAUCCGGACGAUAUUCUCGUGCCCGCUUUGGGCAAGAACUAUUACGAGGAAUUCACAAAGGUUCGUUCUGAUGCCCCCCCUUUCACUUCCAUAUUGUCAGUUUCGAUGCCUACAUCAUUCUUCGCAAAGUUCAUCCGUUUCCCCCUCCUCUCCGCGUCCUUCUUCCGCUUAUCGCCGCGCGGAAUCUCGUGAAGAAUGACGCGUUUGCAGGCCUUCAACAUGUUCCCCACCGCCGGAGCAAUCGUGUACAACAUGACGCAGACGGUCAUCGAAUCGUCGACGACUCCGGCAAAGUACUCGCCGAUGGAGUUACUCGCCUCCAUCAAGUUCAAGGUACGAUUUAGUACAUACCAGUGUUGAGCGGAAUUCCGUCUUCCGUGGUUUUUUCUGUUCCGUCUUCCGUCUUCCGUCUUCCGGGAUUUCAAAAUUCCAUUUCCGCUCAACUCUGGCAGAAAUGAGCAUGUUCAGGGAGAGCAAAAGUGGGGAAAACUUGUGGUGCGACCGGAGCGAGUGGACAGUUUGUGGAUCCACAGAUCCUACAGUAUCAAGGAGGGAUUCGAGCAGAAGGUGAUGCCGGUCGAUGUGAACGCCUACUAUCACUUGCGAAUAUGGAAGUUCCCCGAGUAUGCGUCGGUCAACAAAACGAGUGAGUACUCGUGGAAUCUUUCGGCGACUUUGACUCGUUUUCCAGAAGUUUCGUCUCCGCCUUACUAUGAUCCGUACCACGUGAAAUCCACGAAACGGACCAUCUAUAAAGUGUCCGACGGUCUCAAAAUUCAACGAAAAUUCAAAAACCGAGUGGCAGAGGGCAAUUUGAAAGCGGUACAGUUUCUAGAAAGAUCUUUCCAUGACAACGGAUCCCGUUCAGAUCUACUCCCGCCUGCCGAAAGUCUCCCUCUAUUAUCCGCUCAUCGAAGUGUGCUACAAUCGCAUUUUCUACAGCCUCAAAGACAUUGGCACGUGUCGAGGUGGGUCUCGCCACGAUCAUUCUACAGUAACCGCGUGCUCUUGCAGGUCCCGAGUACUGUAACAUUCCGGCGUUCCCCGGAUUGCGGUGUACAAACGUGGCGAGCGAGUACGUGACGUACAAAAGCUACCGCAACAUCUACAUUCAUCAGUUGAUCUCGACAGACUUUGAGGAGAGCGAGAACGGAUGCACUUUGUGA